AUGGAGCAGCGCGCGUUCCUGCAGUUGGCGGUGCUGGCGUCGCUGGCCACCAUCAGCGCGUUCGUGGCCUUCGGCAUCUUCCGCAAGCGCCAGCACAAGCAGGUCGAGGAUGUGAAGCAGCCGCAGGCGGCCGCCCCCAAGGCGCAGCCCGCCGCCGCGCAGCAGCAGCAGCCCAAGCAGCAGGAGCAGGAGAAGAAGGCGAGCGAGACCCCCGCCCCCAAGCCCGCGCCCGCGGCCAACGUCGGCGAGCAGGAGGCCACGCUGGCCACCAAGAUGUACAAGGCUGGGGACUACGACGGCGCCGUGGAGCUCUACUCCGUGGCCAUCUCCAAGUGCGAGCAGCAGCAGCCGCUGGACGCCCGCAACCUCAAGGUCAUGUACUCGAACCGCGCCGCGGCCUACGAGAAGCUGCAGGACUUUGACCACGUCAUCUCGGACUGCACCGAGGCGCUGAAGCUGGACAAGAGGCACCCCAAGCCCUACCUGCGCCGCGCCAAGGCCCGAGCCAACGCGGGCGACCUGCGCGGGUCGCUCGUGGACUACGUCUGUCUGCUGGUCAUCUCGGAGGAGAAGCAGGAGCAGGUGGACGAGAACCUAGCCCAGGAGAUCAGCCGCAUCCACAGCGACAUCACCGUCAAGGAGAUCGAGGACGCCCAGCAGAACAAGCAGAACCCCAAGCGCUACCUGCCCGACCAGUUCUUCGUCACGUCGUACUACUCCUCGUUCCACCCGAGCGACGACGAGAACGACAUUGUGGCGCAGAAGACCUCGGAGGAGUACACGACGGAGCUGGAGGCCCUCGAGGCCGGAGAUGACACCCGGCAGCAGCGCGGUCUGCUGCUGACCAAGCGCGGACUGGCGCUCAAGAAGGAGAAGGAGUACGACCUGGCCGCCAAGGACCUGGAGGCUGCGUGCCAGCUUGUCAAUCCCGACGAGGAGGCGUACUACACGGCCCAGAUCGAGAACGGAACGUACCACCACCUGCGCGGCGAGUUCGAGCUCGCUCGCAAGUCGUUCGAGGAGGCUCUCGCUGCCAAGCCGCACUCGAUCUUUGCCAAGAUCCGCAUGGGCGGCCUGUGCUUCGACCAAAAGGACCUGAAGAAGGCGCUGGAGUGGUUCGACAAGGCGCUCGCCGAGAAGGCGGAGUGCUCCACGGCGUACUUCCACCGCGGCCAGCUCCACUCGAUCGACGUGUCGCCGGACGGAACGAGCAACGAGUCGUCGAUGGCCGCUGCGCUCAGCGACCUCGAGAGGUGCAUCACCAUUGCGCCCGACUUCGCCAUGGCCUACAUUCAGCUUGGCGUGACCCACGCGCGCAACGGCAACUUCCAGGGCGCCGUGGAGUACCUCACGUCGGCGGCGCGCAUCACGCCGGACGUGCCGGAGAUCUACAACUACCUCGGCGAGACGUACAUGCAGAUGCUGCAGACCCCGGGCAGCGCCGUGGACCUGAAGACCGUGGAGGAGAUGUUCGAGAAGGCGAUCGAGCUGGACCCGUCGUACCCGAUGGCCUACAUCAACCAGGGCAACCUGCUGGUGCAGAAGGGCACGGAGUACGGCCACCAGGCGCUGGCGCUGUUCGAGAAGGCCGUGGAGAUGUGCCCGCGCUCCAAGUUCGCGUACUGCCACCUGGCGCAGGUGUACAUGGCGAUGCAGGAGUACUCGCGCGCCAUCGAGCAGAUCGACAAGGCCGUGGCGUUCGCCUUUAGCAAGGACGAGCUCAACGAGCUGUUCGCCAUCCGCGUGACAGCCGAGACGCACCAGCAGGCCUCGGUGCUGCUCCACUAG